AUGGCUGAAGACAUCUGUUUCUUCAACAAGGAAACUCUGAUCAUAAAGCCUCCUAAGAAAUCUCCUUUGUUAUUGAGGAUGACAGUCCUAGUAUUUGCAAUGGUCUUUGGCGUUUAUAUCUGCUCAAUAUGUCUAAAGCAGUUAAGUAUCCAAACCAUGACUAGAUUUCAAAGCAUCAAAGUCAUUGCAAGGCCUUGCCACGACACCAAACUAUUAGAAAUUCCUUAUAAGCAUUACCCAAUGCCUGAAACUUUUAGCAGGGCUGAAUGUGCACGUAAUCCUGUAAGAUUCUUUGCAAUCUUGUCGAUGCAGAGAUCGGGGAGUGGGUGGUUUGAAAGCCUGUUGAAUAGUCAUAAAAACGUUAGUUCUAAUGGAGAGAUAUUCUCCGUUAGGUCUAGGAGGGAAAAUAUAUCUUCAAUUGUACAGACUCUGGAUAAAGUUUACAAUUUGGACUGGUUCAGCAGUGCUUCGAAGAAUGAGUGCUCUGCAGCAACUGGCUUCAAGUGGAUGCUUAAUCAGGGUUUAAUGGAGCACCACAAAGAAGUUGUGCAAUACUUCAAUCGCAGGGGCGUCUCUGCAAUAUUUCUCUUUCGAAGAAACUUGUUGCGUAGAAUGGUUUCUGUUCUUGCUAAUUCUUAUGAUCGAUACGCUAAGCUAUUGAAUGGAACCCACAAGUCACAUGUACAUUCAGAAGAAGAGGCUGAUACCCUGAAAAAGUACAAGCCUACUAUCAAUUGCAUGAAGUUGAUUACUGAUCUUAAGGAAAUGGAGUUGACAACUUCAAAGGCUUUAGAGUACUUCAAUAGCACCAGGCACAUCGUUUUGUUCUACGAGGACAUUAACCGCACUAAACUAAAAGAAGUUCAAGAGUUUCUCAGCCUUCCACAGAUGGAAUUAACCAGCCGUCAGGUAAAGAUACACAACGGACCGUUGUCGGACCUUAUCAAGAACUGGGAUGAUGUGAAGAAGACGCUUAUAGGAACACCUUAUGAAGAUUUUCUCCACCCGGACUAUUAG